CACAAUGUAUCUCACAAGCGUUCGCUUCAUCGGAGUUUUUCUCGCUCUGCGGAGCAUUCCAAUCGGAGCUGAGUUUCCCUUGCUUUUUCCGGCAUCCUCCGUUUACCAGAUCACAUCAUCGCUAUCGGUUCCCGUGGUGAUUCCGGAUCGGAAACUCUUCUGGGAUUGGGGUCUCCAGAUGAACUAUAACCUGCCCGCUCAACCCUCGUCCUUUUACAAUGCCACCAUUUGGGCAGAUGAGCUUUCCCGGCGAGCAAAGCGUGAAUUGCGGAACGAGACGGCUAAAUAUUUGCCAGGAGGAAAAACCACGAUGCAUCCGAGUGAUUUUACAGCCGGAGAGCUUUACGAGAGUCUGGAGAACAUGCUCAUCCGGUAUGGUUUUGAUGAGUCCUGCCUUCUGAGAAGUGUUUGUGAAUUGGCACGACAUCCUUUCAAGGAUGCAGAUAAUAAUAUGCUCACUGCACUAUUAACUUUCACACUCACACCCUCUUUGCAUGAGGCUUUCGGUCCCUCUGAAAAUAUCUACCGAGAAGUUUACGAACAGGCGGAGCAACACGGAUUUCUGGGCAAGGACUGCUCCCAUUUAUAUGCCAACUGUCCAAUGGAUUUCCUCAGUGGAAUCAGCAGCCUGUUGAGCUAACCGUAUUUACCAGAUCCUUUUAACCAGACUGACUAAUCAGCCUCCCAGAGAUGCUGGCCAAGGCCUAUACAUUUAUGCGAACUCUCCAAUCAAUGAAGAUUAUGCCGAAAUAUACUUGUGUGCCAGUUCAGAUGACUUCGUCUUAUCUUGCCCAAUUAAAUAUACACAA